UGGAGCGAAUUGCACAAUGCGCAUGCGUGAUAGAUUUCCGUUACCUGAUCGACUCAAGUCAAUUUUGAAAAGCAGGCGCCAUCUUUCCUCGGUUAAAAGACUUAAUGAAAAGGAAAUAUCACGGAAGUCAACGAAAAUGAACGGCAAGGAUUCAUCACCUCAACCCAAAUUCCCACUUCGUCGCUGGGAAGAGGCGCAAGACGAUGAUUUGUUUGACCCGGAUAAGUUGCUUCUAUGCCCUUAUGACGCCAACCAUCAGAUCCGAGCACGUCGUUUACCUUACCAUCUAAUCAAGUGCAGAAAGAACAAUCCACAGCUGGCCAGUCAACUCUGGACGUGCCCGUUUAAUGCUCGUCACAUCAUGCCCAAAGAAGAAAUGUCCCAUCAUAUGUCUACAUGCCUGAAUAGGUGCUCUGUAAAUACUGACUAUGAGGUAACUGAUGAGACCCAGUGCAAAUUUCAGGUUCCUGUCAGCACCUGGACUAUUCCUGUGUGUGAUGAAGACUGGGAUGAAGAAGAGAAAGAAGCAGGAACACCAGCAACUCCAUUUGUCUGGGGAAUUUCAACCUCACAACUCAGCCAAGACAGGACUGGGUUAGCUAUGACCCCCAGUUUGCCCGCCGCUGUCAGAGCCCCAAAAGGUUUUGCAUGGAAACUGGGUUUGUAAAGCUGAAGUUCUGUUUAAGUUCUGUAAAAGUCCUUUAAAAUACUUUAAUAUGGUUAAACCACAAAACAGAAUGAAGCAGCUUACCAAGUUUGUAGACUGUAGUAAGAUUGCUUUGGCAAGUUUUCUUUAAAAAAGCAAUAGUUUCUUUUUUAAUCGUCUCUUGUUCCAGUUUGAAAAUGUUCUUGUUUUCUUCUUUCAUAAAGAUUUCAUCAGAUCUGUUGUUUAAACAGAGCAUACUUAAGUGACAUUCGGUACACUUACACACACACAUACUAGCUACUUUAUUAGGAACAUCUGUACAUCUGCACAUUUUAGCAAUUGUUCAAACAGUCAGUCGUGCUGAAGCAGAGUCAUAUCAUUAGGGGGAUAGACUAGAAAUUAUAUCACCUGUUCUCCAACUGUCCAGUUUGCAUUGAGCUCACUGUUCCCUCAGUUUCAUGUUCUUAACUAACAAGAGCAAAUCCCAAUGUAAUAGUCCAUCCAGCUAUUUAAAUUUGACUUCUCUAAUCAUCAAGCAUAUACUCCCUAAACUGAUGCUUUGUUCUUUUUCAUCCAACCCUGUAUAAACUUUUGAGACUGUUGUGCAAGAAAAUCUUCCACAAAGUCACCAACAUCAUUCAUUCGUUCAUUUUCUACGGCUUAUCCGAACUUCAUGGGGAGCCUGUGCUCAAUUUUCCCCAUUCUGAUGUUUGAUAUUAACUGAAACUCUUGACCUGUAUCUGUGGUUUUAUGCAUUUUGCUACAGAUUUGGCUGAUUGGAUAAUUAUAUGAAUGAGCAGAUGUGUUCUAAGUGUUCCUAAUAAAGUGGCUGUUUAAUUAUGCAUAUGUAUAAUUGAAAAUGUAUGUGCAUAGAGAGCUUGUGGCUAUGUUCUGAUUGGUCGGCAGCUCAGACAGAAGUCCUUUCUAAAAGGUUAAGAUCAAAAGUGUGAUUCAAUACAUUUUCAUUUCAUUUCCACAUAAGCAGAAAAAUCCAUAUACACUGUGUGUAAUCAUUGAUGUGGUUUCCAUGAGAGGAAGUUUAUUUGCAGUUUUUGGAAGAAGCUUCCAGCAUCUAUAAUGUAUAACUAUACAGAAAAUCUACAAUUUUUGCUCUGUUAAUAAAUAAAAAAUAUAUCACUUG